UGCGCCAUGGGAGAGGUGGAGAUCUCAGCCCGGGCCUACGUGAAGAUGUGCCUGCACGCCGCUCGGUACCCGCACGCCGCUAUCAAUGGGCUGCUGCUGGCGCCAACGCCUGGGUCCGGAGAAUGCCUAUGCCUUACCGACUGUGUGCCUCUAUUCCACAGUCACCUGGCCCUGUCCGUCAUGCUGGAGGUCGCCCUCAACCAGGUGGAUGUGUGGAGCGCGCAGGGCGGUCUGGUGGUGGCAGGGUAUUACCAUGCCAAUGCAGCUCUGGACGAUCAAAGCCCUGGGUCUUUGGCCUUGAAAAUUGCUGGACGAAUUGCAGAAUUCUACCCUGAUGCAGUACUUAUCAUGCUGGAUAAUCAGAAGCUGGUUUCGCAACCUCGAGUGCCUCCAGUCAUUGUCCUGGAGAAUCAUGGUCCCCGCUGGAGCCCCAAGGAUAAGAAUUUAGUGAUGUGGAAGGACUGGGAAGAGUCGAGGCAGAUUGUAGGAGCAAUGCUGAAGAGCCGGGCCUACCAACACCUUGUGGAUUUUGACUCUCAUCUUGACGACAUCCAGCAGGACUGGACCAACCAGCAGUUGAACAGCCAGAUCAGCCAGUGGAUUGGUCCCACUAAUGGAAAUGCCUGAGCUGGGGGCA